AUGGCCGACACGCUGAGGAGACUGACCAAUACAUCCUCCUACAGCGUCUUACAGGACAAGCUGGAGAGCUGGCACAAAGACUACCAUGUUAUUUCCUGUGACCAGAAUCUAAAUAGAUGCUGUGAGCUGAUUGAACUAACCGCCAAGAUCCAGGGCCAACUGUUCGCCAUCCUCAACCUCACAGCUGCUGAAGGCGGACACUACGCUGGCGUGGACACUCUGAAAACGCGGCUGCUGCCGUGGCUUGGGACCUGUUUCUCAAUGGCGAGGCCCUCAGUCACUGAUAACACCAGUCUACAGCUCAUGCAGGAUUCAGUGGAGAAGGACAUGAGGAUCAGGGAGCUCUCUGCCUCCCAUGAGAGUGACAUGCUGCAGAUGGACACUCAGCUGUGCUCCACUCGCCUGCAGUUGGACUCCGUCAGAGCGGAAUUGGUCAAUGCUCAGAAGCAACUGGAUGAGACAAAGAGCAAAUCAGCGACCACUCUGCUGGCCACUGAGGAUGAAAUACUGCAGCUGAAAGCAGAUUUGCGGUCCGCACAUGAGCAGGUGGAGAUUUAUAAGAGGAAGCUGGAGACUCUUGACUAUGACUAUGAGCGGCAGAUUCGCUUGCUGAAAGACGAAGUAUCUACUCUGAGCAUGGAGAAGGCCAUGCUGCAGGAGAGGCUGGUGAGAAGUCGUUCUCCGAGCCCUUUGCCGAGGCCCGGUUCCAGCCCCUUGAGGAGCGAGUCGCCCACCAGAGCUCAGCUCACUAACUCCUCCCGCUACGCACGCCUCGUAUCUCGCUUCAGUGACCUGUAUGCUGUGGAGCGGCUGGAGGCCCAGACCAUGCUCCGACGCCACAUUGUGGAUCUAGAGAUGGUCCAGAAAAUCAUCUUCAUUGCUGUCGUGGAAUCCUUUAAGACAGCAAAACUGGCUUAUCGUCAGUUCAAGCUGCGUGUGAGAAAGACGCUGUCUACAUCCCAUUUUGGGCCAGAAACUCUGGAGGAUGCAGCUGUGGAUUACAUGGUCAGAAACUUGGACCUCUAUGACGUUCAGUCCAGCGUCAACGAUGUGAUCAACGCCAUGAAUGUGAACCCUCGGAUCUCUUUCCCGCCAGAGGUGGACUUCGCUCUCAUUACUUCCCUGAUCAGGGAGACAUGCAGGGUGGCCUUUGCCAUGCAGACACUGGACCCUCAGCUUGACUUGGCCUUUGCCAGUGACGGAGAACUUUACAGCGACAGCAAGUAUCGUCGUAGCUAUGACUCCGAGUUCACUGCUCCUCUGGUGAUGUACCACGUGUGGCCGGCUCUGGUGGAAGGAGACGCUGUGGUGGUGAAGGGCGAGGCUGUGACCAGAAGGGGUGCUCUGUGGAGCAGAAGCCGCAGCAGUGUCAGCCCCGUGCGCUCUCGCUCUCUCAGCCCAACUCGCAGUCUUGCAUUUAACAGCAAAAGAAGCUUGUCUCCUGAACGUCUCACAGCCAGCCGCCUGUGACCUCUGGCCUUUCUGUCAACGCGACAAAAAUUUAUACCUGUUUUUGAUGUCGGUGAAAAUAACUUUAAAGUCUGAUUUCACCUUCAUGGUUACACUUAUG